AUGACUUUUUCGAGGAUGGAGAAGCUUUCGCGGUGUGCAUGUGCAUCCCUGGUGGCCGGGGCGUUGCUGCUGGGCCUGGGUGCAAUUGCAGGCACGAUAGCCAUCUCCUUUUAUCAUGGAUUCUUCUACUCGGUAUCCCCAGAUCUAUGUCCCCGUAAUGUUGUUCCGUUCAACGAGUAUCUCUGUGCUGGCGAAGAUUUCAGAAGCAAUCCAACCCCGGCAAAACCCUUUUCGAUGAUCUUCGGCCCCUUUUCUCCGUUCAGUAGAGAAAUUGAUUUUCGAAUGAAGCUAAACUUAACAGAACAAAUAAGCCUCAACAUGACCUACUUUAUCUACAAGACGAAAACCCUUGGGGCGGUCAGUAGAGGCACCUCUAAUGAUGACACCGACCCGUCAUCUCCUCCGUCUCACCGGGAUCUGCACGAACACGAAUGGAUGGGUUGGUCAUACGCUCAAGACUCUCCUGAUUCAUGGGAACUUCUAGAAAAGAGAACAUUCUUUGUUAAAAAAUUGAAUAACCGUGGCCCGAAGUCCAAGCCAUCAAAUGUUUUCUUUUAUAAAAAAGAUGGGAUUGACGAGAACUAUUACAAGCUUGAGGUUUCGACGUUAUUGUUCUCUAACCCCAGUGCUGUAAGUUCUAUCUUUUUUGAAGUUGUUCCCGGACCCAAAGAAAGCGGCAUUCUUUCAGUGGUUCUCAUCUGCGUGGGCAUGGCUAUCGGGGCCGCGGUAUUCAUUCAUAUCUCCUGGGUGCUUCGCCUAUCGUGGCCUGGGAGAUUCUCAGAGUUUCCAUUCUUCUCCAAGCUUUCCAUCUGGAUGUCACUCUGUGCUCUCUUCUCCUUUACGCCGCUUUCCCUACUGCAGUACUUUGAUGACACAUUCGAAUACAUCAUCGCAAACUCCGCCCUGGAGCAACUCUCGAUCGUGGGAUCUCUUACUCUAUUACUAAUGGCGUGCAGACAUCUUCUUGUUUCUAUCCCUAACGAGUUUGUGCAGCUAGUGAGGCUCCUUUCAUUCUUUAGAGGCAAAAUACCAGUUAUUGUGACUCCCAUCUUUGCAGCAAUCGGGUCUGCGUCUAUCACGCUUUGCCACAUUGAUCCCGCUCUGGGCAAAUCCUACACAGCGUCCUCUUACGUCUUUGCUGCCAUUGCUACGGUAACGUAUGUUGUUUCAUUAAUUAUGAUGUUUCUUAUGAUGGAUUGUAUGCGCAGGACUAAGGUGUAUAUAGAUGCCAAGAGAGUCUACUAUCUUACUUUCUUCUGCAUCAUAUGGGAGAGCUUAAUUUUGUUAACCAGCAUAGUCUAUGUGAUUUGGCAUCCAGGGAGGCUUAGAGCAUACGACAUGUUGCACUUUAAUCACCUUUUGGUGUGUGCUCUUUUUGCUGAGUUUAUGUGCCCAAUUUCAGGGAGCAAGAAAGCUAAGAAAAAGGAUGACGCACUCAACAGCUUUAAUGGAGAGCACUCCUUUUAUGAUAAUGCAGUGACAAACUCUAGGGAUUACAGCAUGACUAACACUGACAAUUUCAGUACGUAG